ACACAAAUAUUGGGAAAAUACAUCACAAAAAGUACAUAUAAAGAAUAAGUAGCUCUUAUAAGACUAAUAAUUAUGUUGGCUAUUAGAGAUAUUGAAUAUUAUAUGUCAAAAGACACAAGUGGAACUAAUAGCUUUACUGACUCGCUUUCUAUAAUAUUGUCUGAAUUUGCAUUAUACGAGCCUAAGACUUAUGAGAGGAACUUCACGGACCCUUUAUUAAUAGGAAAACAAACUCCGGAACCUAUAUCACCUAACAAGAGUUCAUCUAGUAACCUGAAAAGAAAAAUUCUAAAUUUUGUACCCAUCACAAACAUGAUGAAAUUCAUAGUUCCUCUAGGAAAAUUGACAAACGUAGAUUAUUUGAUCAAAAAUGGCACAUACGCCGCCAAAUUAAUCAGUGAUCUUCAGAAGGACGACGAGAAGGUUCCGCCGGAUUACUUAAAGUAUUUAAUCACAUUUGCCCGGAUAUUCUGCAGCUCAAAGUUUGAUUUGUUUGAGAUAGAAAAAAUCAAAUAUACUUCUAUGGUAGAGAAACUUCAUACGGCCGUCUUCAAGACUUCUUUGGAUAUAUUGAAAAUUAACGAAUCAACAGAGCAUCAUUGUAACAAAUUACUGUCCAUAUUGGAGUCCAUUCCUGACCUAAAUAUAAUGUGGAAAAUAAUCAAACCAAUAAUUAUGGGCAAAAUAUUGUACACUCCUCGUAAUAACGCCACCAACAAGAUAAUGUCUAAUCUUAACUUAACGUUUGAGCGAAUGGACUUCAUCCACAAGUUUCUGAAUGACUAUAUGUAUUAUAUAUCUGAAGCUACGCCUGAAUGGCUUGGAUUUUUUAAGGGGACUUUUAAACAUAUUACAAGUAAACUAAAGGAGUACAGUGUUUACAUAUCUCAAGUUUCGAAUCUGAUUGCUUGUUUCCAAUUUAACAAGAUAAUCGGAGUUUCGACAGAAAAUGAACUGGAAAAAGAGGCCUAUAAGCUCAUGCAAGAUAACCGCUUCUAUGCAGGCAUAGUUUUUAUUGACAUGGAUGACGAUAACAAGAGUAAAAUUGAAUAUAACCCUUACCCCCCUUCUAACUACAAUAUUUACGGGUUGCCAUCUUUUGUAAGGUAUAAGAUACGAAUGGAUUCAGAGCGGGUCGACGCAACAAAUACCAUGCUUAACCUGAUCGAUCAAGUUGGUGCAAGACGUAAUCCCUUGACAGAUCUUAAAUAUUAUUACCAUGGAUUCGUCAUGCUUCAGGAUCUAAUAGAUAUAGCCAUAAUUGACGCUCUAACUGGAAACGAAUAUCGGGAUGUUAAAGACAUUCCGUUUAUCAAUGUUGUCGGGAACAAAAAAAACAAGAGGGAGAAAAAUACUGAUAAUGAAAAACCGAACACAUAUAUCCGGAAACCGGGAAUUUUGCUGCAGCAGUCACCUCACCCUUGUUAUUGGAUCGAUAUGUUUCUGCGUUCGGUAACAAGACUGCUGCCUUUAAUUAUAUGCAUUUCCUGGAACUACAGUGCAGCUAUGUUGAUAAAAAAUUUAGUAUACGAAAAAGAAAUUCGGUUGAAGGAAUACUUUCGAAUUAUGGGUAUGAAGUUCAGCAUAUAUAGAUUUGCCUGGAUGGUUUCCAGUUUGUUCAUCAUGGAGAUAUCUACCAUUAUCAUGGUUUUACUGCUGGUUUAUGGUGGGAUUUUUACUUACUCCAACAAGCUAGCUUUGCUGGUCUUAACAACUCUCUUCAAUAUAUCCAUCAUCUGUUUUUCGUUUCUUAUAAGCAGUUUUUUUUCCAGAGCUAUAAUAGCGGCCGCCGUUGGAGCCAUCGCCUAUUUCCUGACAUAUUUGCCGUUCAGUUAUUUUUUCAAAUUCGAAAGUUUGUUGUCUUUAACAAAUAAACUAUUAUAUUGCCUUCUUUCAAAUGUAGCCAUGUCAGCCAGCAUUCUCCAAAUUGCCAGAUGGGAAAUGGCAUACGAAGGUAUCCAAUGGGAAAACCUGCACCUAGAUUCACAUGAAAAUCACAGCCAAUUUAGCAUUGGUUAUUGCAUGCUUAUGCUCAUAGUCGAUUCAGUGAUUUACUACACUCUGGCUAUAUAUAUAGAAUCGGUCAAGCCAGGUGCUUAUGGAGUCCCUAAGCCCUGGUACUAUCCUAUUAUUUCUUUAUUCAACACCUUUUACAAGUUAAGGGACCAUUUUUAUAUGAGAAAUGACGACGAUCAAUCAGGAGAAGAUUAUAAGGAUAAAACGAUUAUUGAUAUACCCAACGAUCCCCACUUUGAACCCGAAUCCCUCAAUCUGAUUAAAGGCAUAGAGAUGAGAAACCUCGUCAAAAUCUACAAUAACAAAUUGGCCUUGGACAAUUUGAACGGGAGUUUUUAUGAAAAUCAAAUAUCAGUUCUACUCGGUCAUAAUGGGGCAGGUAAAUCUACGGCCAUCGCAAUAAUGGUGGGAGUAAUACCUCCAACAUCUGGAGAUAUAUUAUUGUACGGUCAUAAUAUUAAGAAAGAGAAUAAAUUAAUUAGGCAAAUUGGACUAUGCCCUCAAUACAAUGUAAUAAUAGAUGAUUUCACUGUGGAAGAACAUUUAUAUUUCUAUGCCAAACUCAAAAACUUAGAUAAAAACAUCAAUGAAAAGGAAAUAAUUUCCAUACUGGAAGUCAUAGAUAUGCUGCAAUACAGAUUUAGAAUGGCUAAAGAUAUAUCUGGUGGAAUGAAACGUAGAUUGUGCAUAGCUAUUGCUUUCGUAGGGAACAGCAAAAUAAUCAUAUUGGAUGAACCGACCGCGGGUGUCGACCCCUUUUCAAGACAUGGUAUAUGGGACAUUUUGAUAAAAUUCAAAAGAGGUCGGACUAUAUUGCUAACCACGCAUUACAUGGAUGAGGCGAAUCUCCUCGGCGAUAAAAUUAGUAUUUUGUCGCAGGGUAAAUUGAGAUGUAGUGGUUCCACUUUAUUCCUGAAAUCCAUUUUCGCCAAAGGUUACAACCUCACUCUUUUCAAGGAUUCUAAGAAAUUGAAUACCGAUCAAUUGGCCCAAAUGGAAUUGAUGCUACCGUAUGUUGAUAGGCUUAAAAAAAUAGCAGAUGAAUCAAACGAGGUAAAGGAAGAGUUUUUUCAAGAGAUCUUCUUGUCUUUACUCAGGCACUUCGUGGCAAAUAGCGAAUUAAUUGAACAUAUAGGAAAUGAAUACACUUUCGUUUUACCUUAUUGGAUGAGGUCAAACUAUUUUGAUUCGACCAUGAAUUAUAAAGCUCUCAAAGAUUUGUUCAUAAUACUCGAAAAUUACAAAGAGGCCCUUGGCAUAGAUAGUUACGGUUUGACUGACGCUUCAUUAGAAGAAGUAUUUAUAAAGGUAACUGCAUUGCAUGAUGAAAAUUUGGAAAAAGAUAUGGGGGAUUUGUUAUAUCAAACAACGGAUAGAGGCAAAUAUGCAAUGCCCAUGUUAAAAAGUGCUGCUAUUCUUCUGGCCCGAAAAGAAGGUUUGGAAAAAAGGAUCGAGGCAAUUUCUCAAAUGAAAGAGGAAAAGGAAAUCAAAGAUAAUGAAAUCCCUAUAGAAGGUCGCAUAGACUUCACUGGAUCUGGAAAAAUAAAAGUAUAUAGUUGCAAAAGAUACUUUCAACAAUACACCGCUAUAUGCCAAAAGCGUUUUAGAAGACACCUCCGCAACUUUAAGGGUUUUCUUGUGGAAGUAAUUUUACCCGUGAGUAUAAUCUUUUUCACAUUACUUUUCACCAGACUGAUUCCUUCUUCGCCUAAAACUUUGCCCUUACCACUCAGUCCCUGGACAUACAAAGUAUCGCAAUAUGUUUUUUUCAAAGAAUCUACCCACGAUAGCUCCCGCCCAAUUUUAUCGCAAGACAACUUUGUUUUCGACUCGGUUAUAUCAUCUCUUCAAUACGACAAUAGUACGCAAUACAUCCGGAUAAACACGAGUACUCAACCCGUUUGUAUUUUUUUAGUGGACGAAAAAAAUCGAAAUGCUCCAUCCUAUGUCUCUCUUGAUGUUUUCCAUCAAUCCAAUAAAUCCAUUCAAGAUAUUUCUAAGGUUAUGCCUCAUGAAGCUGGAUCUCGUAUGGUUUACAAUCUAUGGCUGGCGGAUAUGGAGAGAAGAUUGUGCACUCCUGGGGUACUUUAUAAUGCAGGUCCUAAGCGUUAUACGAACACUAUAUUAAAACUGCAUAGCGAUUACCGCGAUGGAAUAAAAUUAAAUUUAGGAAGCAUAGAUAGGAAUAAAUUUGGAGUUAGUAGAGAACUUAAUAAGUCUUAUCAUUAUAAUUCAUAUGGAAAGGGCUUUAUUCCUUUACACCUUAACCAAAAAAGCAGUAUAUUGGACAUUCUAGGAGGGAAUAUAAUAGGCGGAAAUAGCGAUAUGAAACUUGAUUUGAAGGAUAAUUUGAAUAUUUUUGAGCAUAAGAUGAUUGGAAAUAUAAAUAAUUUAAAAAAUAAUGGGACAAUUGAAAAACUUGGAAUAAACUUUGGAUCUUAUAGUAAACAUAUUAAUGUACGAGAUAAAGUAAAUGAGAAACAAAAUGUUUUCCAAAAGAUAUUUAAAAAAAAUCAAAUAAUAGACCCCAAGAAUAAUGAUAUAUCUAUUUUAUAUGGAAGUUAUAGCAGUUAUAACAAUGACAUUAAAGUAAAAAUGGAUAAUUUGCCCAAAUUCUCUGCAAAAAAAAACAAACGCCAUAUGAUAAAUCAAUUCAAUCGUGAGCAAUGUCAUUGCCCACAUCGUGAGAAUCCAACUAUUUAUCACUGUGUUCAGGGCUCAGCUGGAAAGCUCCCAUUUAUAAUACAAACUAAGGGACCAUAUUCAUUGCUCAAUUAUACUGGAAAAAAAAAUGUAUCAUCUUACAUGGUGAAGACGACUUUCGGUUUUGACUUAUUUCGCGUUGGAGGGUUAGAGCAUGUAACAUAUAAGGAUAUGUUAAAUACUAAUGAAGGAAACUCUUCUAAUUAUGAUGUUAAUCGGACAAAACCCGUUCUAGUUCGUUUUUUGGUGAAUAAUCUCAGAGCUCUUCUUACUAACUUGCCAGAUAAAUUAAAAACAAGGUAUCGCGAAAAAUACAGGUUGCUGGCUCCCUUUUUAGAAGAAAAACCCCGGGACUAUGUUAAGAUAUGGUAUGACAAUAGGGUGAUGCCCAGUAUGCCUUCCUUCCUCUCAUUAUUCAAUAAUGCUUAUCUGAAAUUCCGAAUAGGACAAAAAAUUAACCAAAGUAGAAAGUCUGGAGUUCCUGUUUUACCUAUGAUAAAUGGGAAUACCAGUGUUGACGACUAUGGCAUACUAGUUAUAAGCCACCCUAUAAAAUCGCAUUAUCACCUUGUUCAGGAUAUGAGUGUGACUUUAGCGAUCUACAUGACUGUAGCCAUCGCUAUAUUAGCGGCUUUGUCCUUCGUUCCAGCCUCUUACGCUACUUAUUUGGUGCUUGAAAAAGUGACCCAUUCUAAGCACCUACAAAUGGUUUCAAGUGUACAUCCACUAUCUUAUUGGUUAGCGAAUUUCACUUGCGAUUAUAUAUCCUACCUCAUAACCAUGACGCUCGUUAUACUUUUGUUCGUGGCAUUCAAUGAAAGAUUUUUCAUCCAUUUCGGCAGUUUCCCAUCUUUCCUGCUCCUCCUCUCCUUAUAUGGAUGGGCAAUUAUACCAUACAUGUAUCCUUUGACAUGGAUAUUUCAGAAACCUGGAUCAGGCUUCGUCAUCAUGGCCAGCGUAAAUUUGCUAGUGGGAGCUGUUUGCACCAUCAUAACAUUCAUUUUGGAAAUGAUUGGUGUUGAGGAAGUUGAGAAUAUUAACAACAUACUUAAGAACAUCUUUUUGAUCUUUCCUCAAUAUGGGUUGGGCCGAGGAUUGCUAAAUAUAGCCAUUAAAAACAUUAUAAAAGACACGGCGAAUAGAUUUGGAGGUACCCCCGAACUGCCGUCUCAUUAUGAGUGGAAUCAUAUCGGGCGAAACCUGGCGAGCUUUUUAAUUCUGGGCAUAGCAUGCUUUGGGCUCACCCUUUUGUUGGAAUACGGUGUUUUUGAUAAGUACCUGUGGACCCCUAUCAAGUCACGGAAUGAUAGAAAAUUUCUGAAGAAUCUGAAAUCACCUGCCCCUACACCGAUCAAUACUAAAGAUAAAAUGUCUCACACAGGCAAUAAUGAAAAAAAUAAAAUUCCUUCUAAAGAAAUAAUAACAAACGAAGAACCAGAAGACGAUAACGUAGCGCAGGAAAGAAACAAGGUGGAUAAAUGUGACUCCUCAAAAACACCCUUGAUUAUUCGAAAUGUAUCCAAAGUUUACGAUAACAAAAUUUUGGCCGUGCAUGGGGUGGCAUUUAUUGCAGAAAAGGGGGAGUGUUUUGGAUUAUUAGGUGUUAACGGAGCAGGAAAAACAACGACAUUUAAAAUGGUUACAGCUGAAACGUCAAUCACUCUAGGAGACAUAUCUGUUCAUGGCGUAAGCAUAACAAAGAAAAGAGGGGUAGCAAGACAAUUUAUGGGAUAUUGCUCACAAGAUGACUCGUUGGACCAAUUGAUGACAACCACCGAAAUCUUGCAAUUCUAUGCAUUGAUAAAAGGCAUCUGUAAAGAAGAUGUCCAAUCAGUUGUGGAUUGGAGUAUAACUAAUCUCGAUUUAGUGGGUAACGAAAAGAAACUGAUCAAAAACUUAUCAGAGGGUACCAAAAGAAAACUUUCAACAGCUGUGGCUUUAGUUGGAAAUCCCCCCAUCAUAUUACUUGACGAGCCAACUACAGGUAUGGAUCCCACAGCUCGCCGUUUCCUUUGGAACUGUAUUUUAGACUUAAUUAUAAAUGAUAAAUGCAUUCUAUUCACUUCUCAUAGUAUGGAGGAAUGCGAGGUAUUGUGUUCUAAGGUAGCCAUUAUGGUAAACGGUAAAAUAAAAUGUAUAGGAAGUCUACAGCAUCUGAAAAGCAAAUAUGGGGAAGGUUAUUUUGUCACGAUAAAGUUGAAAUUGGAAGCUUUGUCUCCUUACUAUGUCACGUCAUAUAUCGACUUAUUGAUUAAUCACUUAAAAUCUAUUUUUCCGACUUGCAAUAUCAAAGAAAAACAUGAAAGCCGUAUUUUGAUUCAUUUUCCUCAGAAUGAUUUGAAAUUAUCUCUGAUAUUUGACGCUUUGGAAGCCGUGAGAGACAAAUACCAUAUUCAAGAUUAUUCCAUCACUCAAUCCACACUUGAACAAGUAUUUUGCAUAUUCGCUGCUACGCAAAAGGAUAAAAUUCAUACAAAGGUGGCUAAUUUUCAAGAUCGUAUUCAUUCCAUACCCUAUCAUCUUAUGGACUCCACCAAAUUAUAAUUAUUAAAAGAAAUUUAUCAUUCAAACAUUAUCUUAAAUUAAGCAUUGUUGAUAUUUAAUUAUUUAUAUAUGUACAAUGUAUAUGCAAGUCUGGAUGAUAUUAGAGCCC